AUGCUGGGACUUGAUGUUCAGGAGCAGAGCCAGCUACGUUCACUGGAGUCCUCCUUGAGCAAUACUGUGAACCACAAGUGGCCUAUACUAAAUGUGCACUUCAUAGAUGAGCCAAUAUCAAAUUGGGGUAUCAAGAAACAGGGAAAUCUGACGACUGAAAAUCAGAAUCACUCCCUGCCACAAACAGAUACUGUCAACAUUAUUGAAUUUAUUCAGGUGCCAGAGCAAAUCUCUUGUUCUGGGAGCCAGGACUUUAGAGGACACUAUAGUUUAAACUCAGCUGUAAUGUUGGAUACUGUGGAGAGGAUUACCCCAAUGGAUAUUUCAAGCACCACUCCGAAGAUGGAUCUCCAAGAAUUGGCUGAAUCUUCUGCUAUGCAGGACAAAGGGAACUUCCUGGAAAUCGACAUACAUCCUGAGGUUUCUGCUGAGCAACAUGCAAUAGAUAACCAAACUCUGAGUCAACCUGAUAAAGCUGCAUGUGUGAAAGACACAAGCACUGAGACCGAAUUACAUUCCGAGCAGAAUGCAAAACUGCAUAAUCUUCAGUCGGAGAGGAAUAAACCCCCAAAUGUACAAGCAUUUGAUUCUUCAGGGAAUCUCAGAGAAAUUUGCAGUUUCAUGGUAACAGAGCUCCAGAACUCAUCUGAACAGCAUCCUGAUGGACAUGAAGAAUGUACUGUGGUAAUGUCCUCAGAACACCCAUGCCUAUCCAGUGGUCUAAGAGAUGGAGGUUCCUGUACGUGCCUUGAAGAUCAAAAAGUGCCACUUUAUUCUUGUACAUGUCAUAAUAUGACUAAAAGAAACCAAGAUAUGUGUGACACCCAAGAGGGCCCUGUCUUGUGCAAAAAAGCUUUUAUUUGCAAAGAAUCCAAGUGCCCUGUUUUGGGGGAAAUCAACAGUGCAUCUCUACUUUCUACAAACACAGAUGAAAGUAUGACUAACAAUGGUACAAGACCUAAACAAAAUUGUUUGGAGCAUGCUGUGCAGGAUGUGACACAGUCAAAGGACAUUUGUGUUCAGCAAUCACUAGAUAUGACUUCUUGUACAGAAGGCGAGCAUAGAAAGGACUGUCUUUGUACACAUCUUUCAACUAUACACUUGGUGGGAAAAGUAGAGACUGGUUUGGAGAAUGUUCAUUCACAGAAUAUCAGAGAUGAUACUUUGCUCUCAGACUCUGGAAAAUGUAUUCCUUUGACGAGGAGGUUGUGACCACGCAACCAGAUCUUUCAUCUUCCAUUGACAGGUUGAGUGCCAAAUCCUGUAAUACACAAGAAUGUUCUUUUUGUUCCAACAUAAGGGAACAUGUCCAUCUGCGAAGUAUUUCUGCAGAUUGUCAUGAAGAUCUCAGCUGUGCCAAUAACCUGGGGUACAAAUUAGAUGAAUCUUCUCAUUCUAGUUCCAUUCGUUUGGUUCCUGCAAAAAGUACAUUUGGGGAAUUUUCUUGGAAAAACACUACAAUUAACUUGGCAGAUGAAACCGCUGUUCAUUUCAAAGGUUCUGAAGCAACAGGACAAGAACAGGAAAUAAAAGAUCAAUUCUUUCAGGUGGCGGAAACAGAGAUGCAUUGUACCAUCUCACAGGACACUCCGCUUCCACAUAUUUUAAAUGGAGCCCAGUUGCCUGUCGCCUGCAGCACUACACAAAUUUCAGAACAUCACAACAAUGUACCCAAUCUUCAGUGUGACACAAUCACACCCUGCAAUAUCAUAAACAUUGAUUCUGAGAUGAGAACAAAAAAAGACAAAAGUGCCAGGCAGCAGGCUGAAGAUAACAUAGUAUCUGAGGUACCAGGCUCUGAGAAUCCUAAUAAAUUUGCUAAACUUGAUAGCUAUGUGAUUUCCAGUCACAGCCAGUCAUCUAAAUCGUUAGCAGUUAACAAAACCAUCUUAAACUCAGAUCAUUUAAAAGAAGUUAAUUGUCGAACAUUACCUACAGAAUGUCUAUCAGUAGCUGAUAAGACUUGUCAUUUAGAGACCACCAUGCAAAAUGCCCUUGUACCUUAUGUGGAUAUUUGGAGCUUUUUAGCAAAGGCCGUGGUGCCUGAUGUUUUAUCUUUUAAUAGUACUAACCAUAUGAUCCUCAAAAAGGCAAAAUCCCAGGCACUUGAGUUAAGAAACCAUUUAAGUUGUGGCAGAAAAAGUUUGCUGUAUGCUAAGGACUGUAGUGUUCCCGAUAGUUUGCCAGGUUGGGAAGAUACGAAACAUGCCUUAUUUGGGCAUUCUUCUGGUCAGCUGGUUUCUGUAAAAACACUCAUUCUGAAAUGCCCAGAUAAUACGUUUAAGCUCCCCAAAAGCCAGCUGCAUGGUCAUUUUGCCUGCAGCCACAGGGUGGAAAAAUCAAAUUCAAUACUUUGUGUUGAUCCCCUCAUCAGCCAGACCAAAUGGAUUUCCUUUUCUCGUACAGAAGCUGUAAAUGCAAAGGUUCUCUCUGCUUGUUCUCCAGUAGGUAAAAUCAGAAGUGCAAAGAAAUCAAAAUGCUAUGCACAGGUGAAUGAUUCUUGUUUGCAAAAAAUGGAAAUUCUGACACAUCCUCUUUUGUCUAGUAGUCCUAUAGUGAAAAGUACGGUCUUACCAGCUGGUAUAUUAGCCUCUUCAUUGACUAACUCUGAAAUAGUGCAUACUCUGAGAAAUAAACAUGUUGUUCCGCUAAAACAUAUGAUAACUAGAUCUAGGAACAAUAUUAAUUACAAAAGGUCUUUUGAAUGCUUGAAUAUAUUAAAACCUGCUCAGCCCUCUUUCUGCUCACCAAAACAUCCAAUAAUGAAGAUUCAUUCCAUCCUCAUUGAUGAGCAUAGAUCUCCAUUUAAAUUAUUUAAAGGUCAGUCUGGUAAAGGAUCUCCUCCUGAAAUGGCAGUUGGAACACUUAAACGGAAAAGGAUAUGUAUUGAGACUAAGAAAACUCUACCUACCAACAUUAGUAAGAAACCACUGCCAUUACAAGAUAAUCAGCAGUUACCAAAAGACUGCCUUAGACAGCCUACGUGUUGUCAAAUGGAAAUGAAAGUUGUUAGAGCAGACAAAAGUAUUGAAAAUUGUACUUUGAAACUUGAACCUCAAAGCCUUACUUGCACAAUACAAGGAGCAAAAAGACCAAAGACUAGUCAUGAAAAUUUUGGUCAGCCUUCCAGUUCAGAUUUGCAGGGUUCUAUGGAUACCGCUUCCCAUAAAACUCUCAGACUACAUCCUCAUUCACUAAGCAUUUGUAAAAUUCAGAAAGCCUCAGACCUCCCCAGAAAUAUGUAUAUGACCAGUGACAUAUCUCUGAGAAGGCAGCCAAGCAGAAAGUGCAAGAGCAGUUUCAUGCCGGAAUACAAUGUCCCAAAUUCCAACAUGCAGGUCUUCAAACUUUCUAAAGCUUUCCAUGCACAUACCUGCCAUAUCCCUAACCAUAGACUUCUACCAUCAAAACAUGCAGUUCCAAAAAUGACUUCUAAUACACUUUAUGCAGAUAUGAUUAAGAGGGAUGUAGUUACUUUAAACAAGUGCACUGCGGAGCAAACAUUGCUACACCAACUAUCAGCAAUUGCCUCUAGACUGACUGCACCAUGUAAGAGUUCCUCCAAGUUGACACCUUUAUCAAACACUGCAAAACUCGUUCCCUUUAGAGGUGUUCAGCUUCAAGCUAGAAAAUUGCUGAAUGUUUUUUCCUGUGUCAAUAUGAAAAUAAGCUCCCAGACGGCAGGAAAUGUGGGCUUUUCAUCAGGCCGUGACCAUCUUCUUUCACAGUGUAUGGAUAUUUUUCCUGCUCAUCUUUCGAAGGCUUACCCUGAAGUUCUUGCUAGCAGUUUUUUCCUUGGACAACACCACAUUCCCUGUAUCUUUUCAAAUGAAAAUAGAUCCAAGCUAUUUAUCAGACUUUAUUAAAUUUAAUCCCCCUGAUUAUAUGUUUAAAAAUGUACUACCUGUAACCCAAUCAGCACAGCUUUCUGAGUGGACUUUAUCCUUUUAUCUCUCCCCACACUUCCCUGCUACCAAUGACAGCAUUCAGCUCUUCACUCACUGGAAUCCACAUUUCAGAUGUUUAGGCAAUUCUAAAUCUGACUCCAGUUGCAAAGGUAAAUCUGAAAGAAAGUCUGGAUGCUCAGUGCUUGGACUUCAUACAGUACUUGCACUUUCAUCUCCUGGCUGUUAUAGAUUGUGGACCAGGAAAAGAAAUCUGGGGAGUAGAAUCCCCACCGUCCAAAAACUUUCUGUGACUCAGUUUGCACAUGGGCUAAAGGGAUUGCCACCACAGUUUUCCUGGAAAAGAGAAUUCUCAUCUUCUCUGGCCUUUUCACUUGGCCGCGUGAUGUCUAUGUGGAGUCGACAUGGAUUAUCGGCUUUCUCCUCUGAUUUUGCCACGCCACACCCUCCCCUGCAGUUCAUGGCAGCCAAGUCAGAGCCUCAGCAUCAGUGUACCAGUCCUGAAACAGUCUACUGAUUUGAAACCAAAGAACAGUAUCAGAGCAAAUGAACCAAGGCUUCAGUUUAAUGUGUCUUCGUGGCAAGAAAAAUAUUUUAGGCCUUCACAGUGUAUAUCUGCUUUAUCUAACCAUGCAAGCAGUUUAUUCUUGGAGGGAGGUGGUAGUCUUGAGCCUUCAUGCAGUUUGUUCAACAAGCAAGGCAAAGAUGACAGGUCUCUACACUGUUUGCCUUUUCAUCGACAAGCAAAUCUCCUCUGCCUGUCUACCGAGCAAAACCGGGGUGUUGAACCACCUCUGUAUUUGUCCACUGAGCAAACCAAUGAUCUUGGCCAUCUGCACUGUCUGUCUAUUAAGCAGGAUGAUGUCCUUAAGCCUCCAUACUUUCUGUCCAAUGAGCAUGCCAACAAUCUUUUUUCUCUUGAUUCUCUACAUUUUGUAUCCACUGAACAAGACAAAGAUAUUGGGCCUUCUUCGUGUUUAUCUGUUCAAGAAGAUGCACUUGGACCAACCAACUUUUUGCCUUUUGACCAAAGUAAUGCUUGUGGACCUCCUUGUCAGCUGUCCACUGAACAAGACCAUGGUCUUGGACCUUCAUGCAGUUGGUCUACUGAGCAAGGUGAUGGUCUUGGAUAUUCAUGUGGGGAGUCCAUUGAACAUGACAGCGGUCUAGAUCCUCUGUACAAUUCUAACAAGCAAGAUAUUGAUAUCAAGCCUUUGCAAUAUUUGAUUGCUCAACAGGAUGUUCCUCAAUUUGCUCACUGUUUGACCACACAACAAAUGGUGGAUCAUAGACAUUCAGAGGUUUUGUCCCAUGAGCAAGGCGAUGGCCUGAAAACUUCAUGUUUUUUGUCUCCUCAACAAGGUGAUUGUCUUGGGGCUCCACUCCCUGUAUCUGCUCAGAAAGAAUGUAAAUUUGUAGCUUGCAACUUGUCCAUUCUACAAGACAGUCUUGAACCUCCAUGCAUUCUGAUACCAUCCAAGGCUCACACUCGUCCUUUUGAACAAAGAGAAGGUCUGCCUAUUCCUCAUGCAAAAACUGAGAAUCAAAACCAGGAAAAUGAGAAAGAAGAAGGUGAACGGAAGCCUCAGCGAGUUUCUCAAAUUCGAAUUCGCAAAACUAUUCCAAAACCCGACCCAAAUCUGACGCCAAUGGGUCUACCCAAACCCAAACGAAUAAACAAGAAAGAAUUCAGUCUGGAGGAUAUUUAUACCAACAAAAACUACAAAUCUCCCCCACCAGCUAGAAGCCUGGAAACCAUAUUUGAAGAACCCAAAGAAAAGAAUGGUGUCUUAGUGUCCGUCUCCCAGACAAAGAGAAAACGCAUCCUGGAGUUCAGAGACUGUACAGUGCCCAGGCCAAAGAGGGCAAAGGGCAAAGUGAGAGUCAUGACCACCUGCAAACGGGGGCGGAAAGCCGCCACAGAAGGUGUGCAACUGGAUGCACUUCUCAUACAGAAACUGAUGGACCUGGAAAACUUUUUUCUUGGAGCAAGAAGCCUUAGAAAGGGGGUCAGCUGCUGAAAAGCCCAGUUGA